GUCAGGCAAACCAUAACAAACAUGGCGGGUCUGAAAGGUCAGUCUCGUGAUUGCUGAGCCUCUUUUCCACAAAUGAUCGGUCUCCUUUGCCCUGAAGUGCCUGUACUCGCGGCUCUCAGCACGGCAGGCCUCUCUUAAUCUAAUAUUCCCCCCCAGUUCUUCCCGGAGACUCGCGCCAGCAGGAAAUAUUUAGUUACGCAGCAGUGAGUCAUUCCUUUCUCGUCACUUUUUUUUUCCCUCCUCCACUCGUUGGGUCUCGCUGGUCCUCCCGCCGCGGAAGGCUGCACCUCCGCCAUGCAGAUGCGAGCACUGGUGACCCUUGCCUUCGCCACCACCAUAGGCCUCACCUUCCUCUUUUUGGCCUGUGCCUUGCCGCAGUACAAUAACUGGUGGCCAUUCUUUGUUGUGGUGUUCUAUGUGUUGGCGCCAAUACCAAGCAUAAUAGCGCGCAGGGUGUCAGAGGACACAGGCGGCAGCAACCCAUGCAAGGAGUUGGCAUACUUCGUGACUGCCGCCAUCGUUGUCUCUGCUUUUGGCCUGCCUAUCAUCCUUGCCCGCUCCCCCUCCACGGCCCCAGUGAUUGACUGGGGUGCGUGCGGCCUAGUUCUGGCGGGCAACGUGGUCACCUUCUUCACCAUAUGGGGCUUCUUCAUGAUAGCCGACAGUGACGACGUGGAGUACAGCAUGUGGUAGAGGGUGGCGCUUGGGACAGGGUGAGAUGAUGGGGGGAGGAGGGGCACCACCAUUACCUCCUACCCACUUCAUCACCAACAUAGACUACUCAUUACUCUACCCCACCCAUCCUGACACACACACACACACACACACACACUUACCAGGGAAUAUGCUGUGUGAUAAAGGGCACUGCUGAGGGUGUUAUAAGAAUGGAAAUUUAUAUGAACUCCUACAUCAACUACCUACCCACCCAUCACUCCUCACCUUUCCACACACAAACUCCCAAACCCUAAUCUUUUAUACCAAGGAGUAGUGUGUAACAGAGGGCAUGGCUUGGGGUGCUUUAAGGAUGGGAAGAUAUGUAUACAUAACUCCCUUCCGGCUCCUCUCCACUGUUCUCUCAUACAAUCUUCCCCACCUCCUCCUCUCUCUCUCUCUCACCCUCACCACAAGAUGCCUGCUUACCCCUAUACUUUCAUCUCCUCUCCUGCAAUAUUGGGUGUUCCUGUGUGGCCCUAUAAGAAAGUACUGUGUGUAUUUGUAUGUUUAGUGGGCACAGAGUCAUGACAACAUCAACAGGUAUUUGGUAGAGUGUAAUUCCCUUUUCUUUUACUCUUGGAACUUAUUAUUAUUGUUAUUUUAUUUAUUUAUCUUUUUUUAAGUUUUGUUGCCCACUAAGUCAUUGUCUCAUUCAUAUGGCUUCAGUUUGUAGAGUGACUGGAUGUCUUCUUUGGUUGAGGAAUUAACAAAAGAAGGCUGCCACCACUCAGGUUGUCUUUGGUCACUUUUGCUAACCAGGUCACCACUAGGUCAGAACAGGGCAGGAGCUAAGGCUGUGUUUACCAGUCUGUACACAGCCCUACACUCUAAGUACUAUCCAUACCAGGAAAAGAUUCACCCUGGAAAAUUGAACCUAAGAACAAAAUACUGUCAAAAAAGUUUAAUAUUUUGACCCUUAGACCUUUACCUGUGAUUGGCAAGUUUAUGAUCUGGUGUAUACGCGUGGAAAUUCUUACACAAGACUUGAUGAUGGCAAGAUAAGCUCUGGUACAUGCUCUUUGGUUGGUAAAUUUAACCUUCCAUAAGAGUAUUGUUCCUCUUUGCAGGCAAGGUGUUUUCUGCUAUUUUAAAAUAAAGCAAAGCGUAAGAGAAAUUGUAUUAGGGUGUAAACUGUUAUGUAAUAUUUAAAGAGUGGCAGAAGUCUUCUUUCUUGUGAUACUUCAGUUAGCCAACAUUGUUUCCAAAUAAUAUCCAGAUUUUUCCAAUAUUGACAUCGUCCUUUAGUUUUCCCUUUGGCAUCAGAUCUACGCGAUUACAGGGUUAUAUAGCCCAGGGGUCAAGGGUCUUAUUAUUAGUUCUGAUUUAUUCAAUAUAGGGAAGGGAUUUACCAUGAUGGUUGUGCUGAAGGUAAAUAGAAAUGCAUAUUCUUAAGAUUGGGGGAAAUUCUAGUUUGUAGACAUGCAAAAGGUAGCAACUGCACCAGGCCUGCCACAUGUCUGAGUGUUUACAUUGAGGCCAGCAAUGUUGAAGGGCUGAGUGAUUGGAGAAGGGAACAAAGUGCUUAAGAAAUGUCCCUUUAUUCACUCACAACUGCAAUGGUUGGUGUAACUCUUUUGUACUACAACUGAUAGUGGCAGAAGUUUGUGGCAUGUGACAGGUAGAUAGAAGUCUAGCAUUUGGCGAGUGGUGAACUGGGGUAGUUAGUUUGCUUUGUCACAUUAUUCACCUCUCCUUUUUCAGCCUAAUUUUGUGUUAAGUUUCUUGAUCUCUGUAGUGAAGAAAUGGAUGAAUGAAGGUCAACAAUUUUCUGCAUGACAUAUCCCUGGCAAUAACAUUCUUUACUUUGUUCCUGCGUUGUGUAUUCUUAAUGGGUGUCCACAUGUCAGGCUCCUGACCAUCUUCAAGGUGUUUGGGCCCCUUUAGCAGCUCACUGGCUGAGGAAGAGCUAUCCUGCUGGCAUCUGUUAUGGUGAGGUCUUUUGUAUUUGAACAGAGGAAAAUCCGAGAAAUGUUAUUCCUGCAGCCAGGAGGCCAAAAAUGGACACAUUUUCAUAUCAGAAGAGCAUUAAAAAUGGGAAAAUUAAACUGGUACAUAAUAUGAAAUAUCAUUCUCAUUUAGACAGACAUGAUUAAAUGCAACUCCUAGUUCAGAAUUGUUUAACAUGUUUGUUUGUCAAUUAUCUUUUUGCAGUGUCCAGUCCAGAGCAGCUGUCCAGAAUUUAAGUUGUUUCUUACAACAUUUCAUUCCAGCCUUGGGAACAUCUUGAGGUGGGUUGUGUAUGCACCUACUUAUUUACAUAUGAGGUUGCUUGUGAUCGAUCUGUUGUGGUGCAUCACUUGCUGGCUUCUCCUAGAGCUUGGUUGUAGUUGGUGCAUAGCAGUGAGAGCCACUUGUUGGUUUCUUAUUGGUUGGUAGGCAGUGUUGUGUUUCUCCAGGGUCUACGUUUCACAUAACAUACUGCCUACCAACCAAUAAGAAACUGUAUCGCACCAACCACAACUGAGCUUCAGUAGAAGUCAGCAAGUAACUCUCACCACAGCUGACCAAUCACAAGUGAGCUCCCAUGUAUGUAAGCAGGUGCACACACAACCUACCUCACUCUGUCUGAAGAUCAUUCCUCAGGCUGAAACAAAUCAUCAUCAGAAACAAUUUAAAUUUUGGACAGCUCCUCAGGCCUUUAGACACUGUAAAAUGAUAAUUUAUCAAACAAGGAGAAGGAAAACAGCAGAAGCUGAGUAAUGUUAAAAUAACUGUUGCAUUUAACCUUGUCUGUCUAGAUGAUAUGAAAUCAUGCAAACAGACCAACAAUUAGAGCGUUCAGCAACUCUCCAUAACAGUAAUUUGCUGCUUGGCGAGAUGUGUUUUGAAUUUGUUAAUUCUUCAUUCCUUAUUGAUUUAUGUCAAAAUAACAAGAUCUCCUACAGUUCCUGCUAAGUACUUAAUAUAUACCUAUACAUGAAAAAUGUUAAGUAAGGGUUGCAUUUUAAUCAACAUAAGAAUUACUUAUGUGAUUCACAGACUCACAGUGCAUAUCAUGUUAAGAAUUACUGAUGUGAUUCACAGGCACACAGUGCAUAUCAUGUUAAGAAUUACUUAUGUGAUUCACAGGCUCACAAUGCAUAUCAUGUUGUUUGAAAAAUUGUCAAUCAUAUCUCACUACAUGACUCAAAAAUAAUAUUCUUAUCUUUUUUACAUGCAUGUGUGUUAACAAAUAUGAUUAUUGAUAUAUACCUUACUGAUAAUUUCUCUGGUCUCCACCAGUACUGAAUUAAACAUGAAAUGUUGAGUUGCUGAACACACUAGUUGCUUGGUAUAUAUACUGAUAUAUACAGAUUUUAUAAGUAUCAUGUAUAUCAAAAUAAAAUCCCAGGCAAGUGUUGGCAUGUUUGCUUAAUUCUGUAUGGCUGGGGAUUUUUCCAUUAGUCACAGUGGAUGGUUCUUUCUCUUGAUUAACUGUUGUACCCUUCAUGUAUUGUUAUGCCAAUUGUAUAUUACAUUGUCAUCAUGCUAUUAUUGUUGUGAUCAGUGACUUACAAAUACAAAGGAGUUUUUUACUUAAAGGUCAUCCUCAGUGUUACACAUUUAAUGUAUUGACAAAGAAUUAGUGUUGUCAACACUUUUGUAGUUGUAAUCGGUGUCAUCGACAGCCACCAGAUCAGCGUGUGUGUAUGACGUAACAAGUGGUCGUGCUUCCUGAGCUGGAUGGCAGUAGCAACCUAGAGAUGUAUCCCCUUCUGGACUAACCCACAGUUGUUCUAUCUGUUAGUGCUCACAUAGGGGCCUCGGGGUUAGCUAGCAGGUGUGUGGCCAGCCGAUGGUGGUCACCCUUCCCAGUAGGUUUUGUAUGGUAGCGUCACAUCUUCCAUACUACUCUGUAUAUACGCUUGCCAUUCCAAGAUAAUAAUGAGUUUUUCACUAGAAUUAAUUAUAUUAGUGUAGUGUAUUUGGCUUUAAUAUUUUAAUAAAUAUAUUCAUCUCUUUUUAUAGUAAACCUUUGUAUGGAAGA